AUGUUUAAUAGAGCUUGUAUGGAUCCAAGAGAAAAAAACAGAUAUGAGCCAUUCCAUAAAUGCUUUUUUACUCUUAACCAAAAUAUUCAAUUAAAAUUUGAACAAAACUUUAUAAAUCCGUUUUUGACGGAGGAAACAUAUGAGGAACACAGGGAUAAAAUGUUUGGAAUUUACAUGAAAAUAGAAGGAAAUCAGGUUAGCUAUAAUGAAUUUCUGCCACAGAGACGCAUUCACUUAUCAAUUCAUGUAAGUUUUUAUAAUCUAAACUUGUGGAAAAAAAUAAUAAAUUAA